GCCACGGAGUGCUGGCCCGCGGCGCAGAAGGCUGCGCACCCUCCCUCCGGGCGUGUGCCCCGACAGCGGCGGCGGCGGCAGCAGCGGGAGGAGGCAGUCGGGCAGCGCUGGAGUAAGCGGGAGGCAUGGUGUCCUGGCGGCGGAGGCCGGGUCCCGGCCUUGCGCGGCUGUGGGGCUUGUGCUGCCUGGUGCUGGGCUGCUGGAGGGGCGCGCUAGGCUGCCCCGCGUCCUGUCGCUGCAGUUCCUGGCGGAUCUGGUGCUCGGAGCCAGUGCCGGGCAUCGCCUCCUUCCCCGUGCCGCAGCGGAGCGCCGAGGAUGACAAUGUCACCGAGAUUUACAUCGCAAACCAGAGAAAAUUAGAAAGUAUCAAUGACAAUGAAGUUGGAUUUUACGUUGGACUUAAAAAUCUGACCGUGGUGGAUUCGGGCUUAAGAUUUGUGUCCCGUCAGGCAUUUGUGAAAAAUGCCAACCUACAAUACAUCAAUUUAUCUAGAAACAAGCUCUCAAGUUUGUCCAAGAAGCCUUUUCGCCAUCUGGGUUUGUCUGAUCUGAUACUGGUGGACAAUCCAUUCAAGUGUUCCUGUGAAAUUAUGUGGAUUAAGAAGUUUCAAGAGACCAAGUUUUACACAGAAGCUCAAGAUAUAUAUUGCGUAGAUGACAAUAACAAGCGGACAGCCUUGAUGGAUAUGAAGGUCCCAAACUGCGACUUACCCUCAGCAAACUUAAGCAAUUAUAACAUCACUGUGGUGGAAGGAAAGAGCAUCACACUGUACUGUGAUACAACCGGAGGGCCACCCCCUAAUGUGUCUUGGGUGCUCACUAAUCUUGUUUCAAACCAUGAGAGUGAUACAAGUAAGAAUCCUGCCUCGUUAACCAUAAAGAAUGUUUCAUCCAUGGACAGCGGACUGUGGAUUUCAUGUGUGGCGGAGAACAUUGUGGGAGAGGUCCAAACCUCUGCAGAACUGACGGUAUUCUUUGCACCAAAUAUCACAUUUAUUGAGUCUCCAACCCCGGACCACCACUGGUGCAUUCCAUUCACUGUGAAAGGGAAUCCUAAGCCCACAUUGCAGUGGUUCUAUGAAGGAGCUAUAUUGAAUGAGUCUGAAUACAUCUGUACUAAAAUACAUGUUAUCAAUCAAAGUGAAUACCACGGCUGCCUUCAGCUGGACAACCCAACCCACCUGAACAAUGGUGCUUAUACCUUACUGGCCAAGAAUGAAUAUGGAGAAGAUGAAAAGCGGGUUGAUGCUCAUUUCAUGUCGGUGCCUGGAGAUGGUAGUGGCCCAAUUGUGGAUCCAGACGUUUAUGAAUAUGAAACCACGCCUAAUGAUCUUGGAGACACCACAAAUAACAGUAAUCAAAUCACUUCUCCGGAUGUUUCCAACAAAGAGAACGAAGAUAGCAUCACUGUGUAUGUUGUGGUGGGAAUUGCAGCACUGGUAUGCACUGGCUUAGUAAUAAUGCUCAUUAUUCUGAAGUUUGGAAGACACUCUAAGUUUGGGAUGAAAGUUCAUGGUGAAGUAAAAGGAGUUGGUCUGGUAGAUCAAAUAUGGCUUUCAUUGCAAGACUGCGACAUUGAAGGUCCUUCUUCAGUUAUCAGCAAUGACGACGAUUCAGCCAGUCCUCUCCAUCACAUCUCAAAUGGCAGUAACACUCCGUCCUCUUCUGAGGGAGGUCCUGAUGCGGUCAUCAUUGGGAUGACAAAGAUUCCUGUCAUUGAAAAUCCCCAGUACUUUGGAAUUACCAACAGUCAGCUCAAACCAGAUACUUGUGGAAACUGACAGCCCGGUUUCUCAGGUGACACAAGGAACGGUUCUGCCAUCCCAAAUGAGGCAGGAAAAACAUCACGCAGAACAAGGAAUUUUCCAUAAGAAACUGUACCAUAGCAACUGACAAAGACGUUGAAGCACAUUACACUUUCUCUGCUUGUUGCAACCUGUGCUUUGAUGCAACAGGACAUCAGAAAAGCGAAGAUUUGUGUUUUUGUUUUGUUUUGUUUUUCUUUUGCUUACUUAUUUCUUUGGCCAGGGUAGUGAUUGCUUUAACUGGUGCUGCUUGAUCAUAAAGAAUUUAUUGCAAAAUUGUGUAACCUUUCCACAUCCAUCUCCAAGGUCUGUGCCAGAGCCUGUGUUCUGGCAUGCACUGCCAUGCAAUAGCUGGGGAGGGUGAGGGAACGACAUCUACAAACUUCCAUGAGAUCACAAGCUUUUGAAACUGUAGGGUCACUAACCAAAUAGGAUGCAGGAAUAUUUCCAACAGGGUAGCAGCUGUGUAAUAUGUGGCAUUAAAAUAAGGCUGAGUCACUAAGAAAUAGUGAUAAAUAAGCCAGCAAAAAUUGCUGUUUUUUUUCUAAGCAGACCCCAAAUGAGAUUGCGUAAUAUAAUAGAAAAGAGUCAUUGUGCAGAAGCUACUGGCUGAGGCACUGGUUUGAAUACAGCCAAAUUUCUGCCAUAUUAGAAACAGCAUUUAAUCAAAAUGUUGUAUGAAAUCUCAAAGGGAAGUCUUUGAAGGGCAGAUGUUUGUCUUGUUCCAUAGCAGCUGUAACAGGCUGUUCAAGAUGAACAAAUCUAAAUUAACAGGGCCUAAAAUGCUUAAGUGCAAAAACAGGAAGAAAUCUAAUUAGCACUACUAAUCAGCUGAGGUCUGGAGUUUCCCCUUCUGUUGAGCUGGAGCAGUUCAGCCAUCUUCCCUUUCUUUUCAGAAUUUAUACUUCACCCUACCCAUACUUAGUCUCCUCCCUUGUGUUCCUUUUCAAACCUAUGAGCAGUUCAGGCUUGUGCUUCUCACGGGAAAAGGUAAACUCCAUGAUCCUCCUCUCCACUGUAUCUUCAUACACAAAUUACCAGGUGGAAGCUGCAUUGUGCAGCACAUCUGUUAAGCAUGUGCUUCUAUUUUCAUACACAUUCAUUGCUUGUCUGAUUAGAAAGACUGUAUUCCUGAGCAAAAUGUACUUCCUUUCUGUGAAACUUCAUGCUACGUGCUCCCCUUGAUGGCAGUGGCAAGUCUGUCACUGAUUUGGGGAAGUUGUGUGAAACUCCUGUAGACCUGGGCUUGAGCUAAAAACUGCUUACUGGAGCAAAUGUCAUUACAGCUGUUCAUAGCUAUGGCUUUUAGCAUGCUUCAUAUGUGAAAACAUCGUACUCUGUGCAGCAGCAGGGAUAAUGAAGGUUCUCUAACCACUAUAGCUACUGUAACUAACUUAUAACUGGGUUAAUUAUAAGCAAAAAGACUGUUUUAAAUACUAUGAAUUUAAGAAGAGGUUUUUCUCAGUGGUGUGGUUUGGAUGCUAAGCUAGAAUAGACCUCAUUAAGAUGCAGCUUACCAUUUCCCCAACUUACACAACUGGCAUUUCUGAUGAAUGUUUGGCACAAUAUGAAGUAAAAUCAUUCCAGUAGCUCCUGUUCAGAAAUCUUAAUUGGUUUACACUUAUGAAGGUGUGGAAAGAAAUCAAGAGCAAAUAGUUUUUAAGUGUUGUUUGUGGUAUGUUAAUCCCUAAAGGCCUGUUUAUUUUUAUGUGGAAUAGUACUUUAAUGACUAGCAACAUACAGACUGGAGUAAAAAAAGAAUUAUAGCAGUCAGAAGAGCAGCAGACAUCAUAUUUUCUUCCAUUUUUGUUGUCGUCACUGUGUUUGUUUGUUUUGUCUUGUUUUAAUCAGAGAAUGCUCUAGAUUUCUUAAUUGCUUUCCUUGGUAGUUUCUCUUUGUGACUUUUGAUCUAGAAUGAUGCACUGAGUUUCCCAGUUCACAUUUUGUGAGUGAGAGCAGAGUUGGUUUCAUGGUUUACAAGGCAAAUCUGAAGACGGUGGAAGGGAAACAGAGCAGUUGUAAAAUAAUUUUUCUGAAUGUAUUUUUUUCAUUCUAGUUGCUUUUAUUUUUGAGUGUGUUUUAAUGCACUUAAACUUUAAAGAGGUCAGAAUCAGAUGUCUAUAAAAAUAAAAGAAAGUAUUCAUUGAAUUCUUCUUUAGAUUUUAAAAUAAGACAGCUGUUAGGCAUUUCUAACAUUGUUUUCAAAACACUAGUGUAAAACACACACACUUUCUGUCUUUGUGACACUGCCCAAAUAGAAAGAAGUUCAUCUUCAGAAGAAAAUAUUAUAAGGCAGCUAGGUAAGCACUUUUGGUCUUAUUUUGUAGGUUGGGAAAACAAUGAUGAAGGGAUUCACUCAGAAGUGUCUUGAAGUUGUUUGCUGAAGCCCUCAUGACAAAUACCUAAAUACCUUUCUGCUUUUACGUGUGUCUGUUGUGGUUUCAGAAGUAAACAGUGUUGCCUCUCUGUAGUUUCUCUGGAAGGAAAAAUGCAAAUCAGUAUGGUUAUUUUUGCAGUUAGAGCCUGCUGUAUUUUUAGAAUGUAUGGCCGAAUUACUAUUCUCAUAAAGAAGAAAAUGUUAAAAGGGAAGAACAAAUGUGACGAAAGCAGUGGUGAAAAGAACACACUUGCCUUUAAGUUAAUAGUGAUUUUUAUGUAGAAAAGGGCUCUGGCCGUUUGGGAAGAAUACAGGAAAAAUGCCAAACCAUGUAGGGAUGCAAUAAGGAAGGCUAAGUUCCACUUGGAAUUAAAUCUGAUGAGGGAGGUCAGGGAGAACAAGGAAGGCUUCUGUAUGUCAGUAGCAAAAGGAAGAUUAGUGAAAAUGUGGACCUGAUGCUGAAUGAGGUGGGUGCCCUGGUAACAGAGGAUACUGAGAAGACAGAGUUACUGAAUGCCUGCUUUGCUUCAGUAUUUACUGCUAAGACUGCCCCUCAGGAAUCCCAGACCCUGGAAAGAAAAGAUUCUGGGGAAGGGAGGACUUCCUUUUGGCUGAGGAAGAUCUGGCCAGUGUCUGUCCAGGCAAAUUUGAUGCAUACUAAUGCAUGGGCCACCAUGGGAAUCAUCCAUGAGUACUGAGGGAGAUGGCAGAAAUGACUGCCAAGCCACACUCAAUCAUCUCUGAAAGGUGAUCAUGGAGAAUAGGAAACAUGCCCGAGGACUGGAGUAAAGCCAGUGUCACUCUAGUCUUCAGAAAGGACAAGUAGGAAGGCUUGGGAAACUACAGGCUAGUCAGCCUCAUCUCUGUCCCUGGGAAAGUGAUGUAACAGCUUAUUCUGAAUAUCAUCUCCAGGCAAGUAGAAGAAAAGAUCAAGUAUUCAACUUGAGUUCACCAAGGAGAAAUCAUGCUUCACUGAUUUGGUAGCCUUCUAUGGGGUCCCAACUGGGUAGGUAGAUGGAGGGAGAGAAGUGGAUGCCAUAUACCUUGACUUCUGCAAGGUUUCCCUUGCAGGUAAGCUUAGGAAAUGUGGGAUAGAUGAAUGGAUUGCUGAGGUGGACUGAGAACUACCUUACUGGCAGAACUCAGAGGAUCAUAUCAGCAGAACAGAGUCUAGUUGGAGGCCUGUAGUUAGCAGUUCUCCUAAAGUGUCUGUGGCUGUGGUCUUGUUCAACAUCUUCAUCAGUGAGCUGGAUAAAGACAUAGAAUGCACCCUCAGCAGGUUUGCUGAUGAUAUGAAGCUGGAGGGGCUAACACGCCAGAAGGCUAUUCAGCAAGACCUGAAGAGACUGGAGAGCUGAGCAUAGUGGAGGUUCAGCAAGAGUAAGUGCAGAGUCCUACACCUAGAGGGGAAUAAUCAUAUGCACCAGCACAGGUUAGGGGCUGACCUGCUGGAAAGGAUUCUGCAAAGAAGGACUUCAGUGUCCUGGUAGACAACAGGUUGGCCAUGAGCCAGCAGUGUGCCCCUGUGGCCAAGAUCAAUGGCAUCCUGAGGUGCAUUAAAAAAAGCAUGGCCAUCUGGGCAAGGCAGGUGAUCCUCCCCCUCUACGUUGCACUAGUGAGGUAGUUCUGCGCUCCCCAGUUCAAGAAAGACUGGGAACCUGUAGAGAAGGAGGGUCACAAAGAUGAUUAGAGGCCUGGAGCAUCUCCUUUAUGAAGAAAAGCUGAGACACCUGGAACCAUUCAACCUGCAGAAGAAGAAACUGAUGGGGCAUCUUAACAAGUGGCCAGGCUCUUUUCAGUGGUGUAUAACCACAGAACAAGGGGCAACAGGUAUAAAUUGGAACAUAGAUUGCAUACAAACAUGGGGAAGAACUUUACUGUGAGGGUGAGAGAGCACUGGAGCAAGCUGACCAGAGAGGUUGUGGAGUUUUCUUCUCUGGAGAUAUUCAGAACUCAUCUAGACACUUUCCUGUGCAAUUUGCUGUAGGGAGCCUGCUUUAGGAGGUGGGUUGGACUAGAUGAUCUCCAGAGCUCCCUCCUAGUCUCCGCAGUUCUGUGAUCCCAUAUGUGGGAAGAUUUUGGAAAAAGUAGCCAAUAAAUUUUGGAAGUAAUCUGUAGAUGAUUAUGUUAUUUUCUGACUCUUUCUUUUCUCUUUAAAAUUCUGUCUAGAAGAGCAGACUAGAAAAACUGUGACCUGGAAAUGCUGGAGGCCCAUUUUAUUGAUGUUGGGCUACCAAAAGCCAUGCAUCGCAACUGCCUAACUGGCUUCACACCAAGUCCUUCUCAAGAGUAACACCUCGUGCUCAUGCUGGUGGUGGUCUUGCAGAAAGCAAUGAUUAGUUGACACUGGUUGUGAAGCAGUCUAUUAAUCUAUCCUGGUGACAUCCUGACUGUGAGGCUGACCAGUGACUUACGUUUUGUGUAUCUGUUUUAGUUCAGUACAGGCGACACAUGUACCAGCAGACAAAAUGCAUUUCUUUCGCUGCAAGAGCCAGUUCUGAGCAACUAGAGAGAAAAAUCCAUAUGUGACACUGAGACAGAAAAAUUCACUGCUGACAAUAAAAACUAUGGUAAUUUUUAAUACUUUCUGCACUGAUAAAUAUAUAGGGUAUUCUCCAUUACAGAUGAAUAAGUGUAGCAGCCAUUUGCAUUGAUUACUGCUGCUCAAAAUGUUUACCAUGUUCGUGAAUGCACAAGCAACUGGUACUUACCUGCUCUGUGAGAGAACUUGAACUUCAGAAAGAAGAAUAAAACUAAAAUUACGUCUGUCUUCUUGCUGUGCAGACUACAGUUUCUUUGAACUGUUCUGUAAUAUCUUGGUGUACAGUAGUCCCAACACAACAGACUUGCUUUUUUUAAAAGCAACAGUCACAGAGAACCGAAGUGAGAACUUUUCUGCCCAACGCAUUUUGGUUUCUCGCAGUGGCUCCCAGGAUUAACAUUUGCAUUCACUUCAGAAUGCAUGUGUUACAGAAGAAUCAACUGUAAGUACUUUCCAAGAAUAAAGAGCACAAGGGGAAAGGUGAUUGUGAUUUAUGCUGACAUCUAUUAAGCUUUUAUAGAAGAUCACACGUGUGUAGUAGCUAUAACCAUAAAAUUAACUGGUACUAAUUGGUCAAAGCUGCCAACUCAGUCUGCUUAUGAGUGUUACAGACUUUUUUAGGUCAUGUUCAUUAUACUGGCAUAGUAUGUCAGAUCCUGAAUAAAGUUCAUUCAGCCAUUUUUGAUGUUCUUCUUCUUGUUGCUCUGCUAUGUGUGCGUGCUGCCAUCAGUGAGAGUUCACAUCUCUGCAAAGACUUUGAGUCUGUGUGCUUUGGGAAAUAUGUGUCUCAGGUAUCUGCCCAGCGGUCUCUUCUCCUGCAACAGUGGGCUGUGGGAGGGCACCCUUUGAUUGAGCCUCACCAGGUGUUUUCCUCUUUCUUGGAAACUGACAGGAACGAAAUGUUCAAACAUUCCUUUAUUUCCUCCCUUUUGAGGCAUGGAAGUAAGGGGAAAAAUAAAAAUAAAAACAAAAACAGAAAAAGGCUGUAACUGAGUUCAUUAUUGUGCAGUAAAUCAACCAGUAAACUUCCAUGCAUUUUGCUGUAUUUGGGCAGCUCCUGUUCCUUAGUGACAGCUACUUGGCUCAGCACACUGUAAUUAUCAACUCAAAAACAAGAUGCUUUUAGGUGCUGAAAUCAUAAUGGCAGAGACUGAACUUGUCUU